UUUCUGCUGUUUCUUUACCUUUUCAUAAUCUUGUCUACAUCCUACCCUCAACUUUGAAUUCAUCUUCCAUUCACCAUUAAUCUGAUUAAACUUUUCUUAAAAUCCUCUGUUCUUCCUGUAUCUUGUGUAAAUUUGACACUCUAAACCAUUCAAAACCAGAGAUCAACAAAGAAGAUGAAGUGUUUUUAUUACUGCAAAGAUAAAACCAGACUUAGAGCCCAAAAAUCAGCACCAAUACUGAAAGAUGAAACCAGUUUGAGCAUAUCAAAUGAUGUUUCAACCAAAAACAGAGUUGUUAAAUCCUCAGGAUCAGCUAAUUCGCCACGUGGAAUCGUCGAAUUGUACGAGGAAAAGGGUGGGAAGUUGAGGGUGUUUACGUAUGCAGAGCUUCGACAGGCGACGAAUGAUUUCGCGAGGCUGAGGAAGAUCGGGGAAGGCGGGUUUGGAUGUGUUUAUAAAGGUUCGAUCAAGAAUGGUGAUGGUGAUCUUAUUGCUGUUGCUGUUAAGAAACUAAAUAGAGAUGGUUUUCAGGGUCACAAACAAUGGGUAGCUGAAGUACAAUUUCUUGGUGUGGUUGACCACCCAAAUUUGGUCAAACUAAUCGGAUACUGUGCGGUAGAUGGCGAACGAGGGAUCCAACGGCUGUUAGUCUACGAGUUCAUGCCAAAUAAAAGCUUAGAAGAUCAUCUGUUCAGGAAUUCUCAUGACCCUCUUCCAUGGAAAAGAAGACUGCAAAUUAUGCUUGGAGCAGCACAAGGACUUGCAUAUCUGCAUGAAGAAUUAGAAGCUCAGGUUAUAUUUCGAGAUUUUAAGACAUCAAAUAUUCUACUGGAUGAAGAUUUCAACCCGAAGCUAUCAGAUUUUGGGCUUGCUAGAGAGGGGCCCACAGAGGGUAACACGCAUGUCUCAACCACGGUUAUGGGUACAAACGGUUAUGCAGCUCCUGACUAUAUUGAGACAGGCCAUCUUACAGCAAAGAGUGACGUAUGGAGCUUUGGUAUUGUUUUGUACGAGAUCUUAACAGGUAGACGCUCAGUAGAAAGAAACCGGCCUAAAGAAGACCAAAAGUUGCUAGAUUGGGUAAGACGACACCCGAUCGACAGUAAAAAAUUUGGAAUCAUUUUGGACCCUAAACUCGAAGCCCAGUACUCACUUACCGAUGCAAGGAAGAUUGCAAAGUUAGCGGAUAGUUGUUUGCUAAGGAGUGCAAAAGACCGUCCUAAAAUGAGUCAAGUUGUAGAGUCCUUGAAACAAAUUUUACAAGCCUCGAGUGAAGAAAUUCCGUCAAGCAAGAGCGUCGAGAGAGUUGACGAUGAGUCAGCGGAGUCGGACGAAAACUCAAAGCCAACAGAAGUCUCGGAGUCGUCAAAGAGGAGGCUGGCUCAGUUGGCUAAGUUAAGUGAACAUGUUGGCGGAUUUAGUAAGAAAGGGUUCAUGAUAAUGCAUAGAGCUAAAGUGUCUUAAAAGUUAAAACGCGUGAUCUAUUCGAAUGAAAAACAUUAUAGAUGAUGGUAUCGACUCCAGUUGUGCAUAAUUGGAUAUCUAUUUACAGUCUAGAUCGUGGACGUAGAUUUCAAGAUUCAUUUAUAAUUUGUAUUUGAUAGUAAAUAGAGUGAAUGAUAUAAUAAAUCCAGAUUGUUCAUUGUGCAUUUAUGUUGAUCUAAAUUUUAGAUCACUUCAUACAA